CGCAGGAAGAUGAGGCAGCGGCAGCGGCCGCGGGCGUAGCGGGCCGGACCGAUCCCAGCGACGCGGCCCUCGGACGCCGCGGGCUCCGCGCACGCCGCCUCCGUCAGCGCUUCGGCCGCUCAGGACCCGCGGGGCGGACACGCGGGGAGCCAGGCCACGCGCCGCCGCCCACGCGCGCCCCUUGGGGCCGAGACGCCCCUUUGUCCGGGGGGGCCGUUCAUGCCGCCGCCCCCCGCGCGCUGCGGGCCGGGCCGCGCCGAGCAGGGCUGUCUCCAGGCCUGAGGAGCCCACCCACCCCGGCCCUGACCCCUGGCCCCGGUUGCCGCUGGAGGAUGAACCAGUCGCAGAGGAUGGCGCCCGUGGGCACAGACAAGGAGCUCAGCGACCUCCUGGACUUCAGCAUGAUGUUCCCCCUGCCGGUGGCCAACGGGAAGAGCCGGCCCGCCUCCCUGGCCGGGGCCCAGUUUGGAAGCUCAGGUCUCGAGGACCGGCCUGGGUCGGGCUCGUGGGGCACUGGCGAGCAGAACAGUUCCUCCUUCGACCCCAACCGGACCUACAGCGAAGGCGGGCACUUCAGUGAGUCCCAUGGUGGCCUCUCUCCAUCCACUUUCUUGGGACCCGGGCUCGGAGGCAAGGGUGGUGAGAGGGGUGCGUACACCCCCUUCGCAAGAGACGCGGGUGUUGGCGGCCUGACUCAGGCCGGCUUCCUGCCCAGCGAGCUGGCCCUGAGCAGCCCGGGGCCGCUGUCCCCUUCGGGUGUCAAGGACGGGUCCCAGUAUUACUCGUACUCCGGCCACCCCCGGCGGAGAGCUGCGGACGGCGGCCUGGACGCUCAGCCCAAGAAAGUCCGGAAGGUGCCGCCGGGCCUCCCGUCCUCGGUGUACCCACCCAGCUCAGGGGAGGACUACAGCCGGGACACCGCCGCCUACUCGUCCACCAAGACCUCCAGCAGUGCCUACCCUUCCCCCUUCUACCUGGCAGAUGGCAGCCUGCACCCCUCGGCUGAGCUCUGGAGCUCCCCAGGCCAGGCGGGCUUUGGGCCCAUGCUAGGUGGCGGCUCGUCCCCACUGCCCCUCGCGCCAGGGGGCAGCAGCUCCGUGGGCAGCAGUGGCGGUGGGUUCAGCGGCCUGCACCAGCACGAGCGCAUGGGCUACCAGCUGCACGGAGCGGAGGUGAACGGGGGGCUCCCGGCCGUGUCCACCUUCUCCUCGGCCCCCGCGGCCGCCUACGGCAGCGUCUCCAGCCAGACGCCCCCCGUCAGCGGGGCCGACAGCCUCCUGGGCUCCCGUGGGACCACGGCCGGCAGCUCUGGGGAUGCCCUUGGGAAGGCGCUGGCCUCAAUCUACUCCCCGGAUCACUCAAGCAAUAACUUCUCGUCCAGCCCCUCAACCCCGGUGGGCUCCCCCCAGGGCCUAGCAGGAACAUCCCAGUGGCCCCGAGCGGGAGCCCCUGGCGCCUUAUCACCCAGCUACGAUGGUGGCCUGCACAGCCUGCAGCACAAGAUGGAGGACCACCUGGACGAGGCCAUCCACGUCUUGCGCAGCCAUGCUGUGGGGACAGCAGGGGACGUGCACGGGCUCCCACCCAGUCAUGGGGUGCUGGCCCCGGGCUUCGCUGGCCCCGUCCUGCCGCUGGGUGGACGGCCAGCUGGCCUGGUGGGAGGCGGCCCCUCGGAGGACGGGCUCUCGGGCAGCGGCAGCCUCAUGCACAACCACGUGGCCCUCCCCGACCUCUCCCGGCCACCUGACUCCUAUAGCGAACUUGGGCGGGGCGCCGCCGCCUCCGGAGCUGGGGAGAUCAAGCGGGAGGAGCAGGAGGACGAGGAGAACGCGGCGGUGGGCGAGCACGCCGAGGAGGAGAAGAGGGAUCUGAAGCCCGCACGGACCCGGACCAGGUGCCGCCCCCGCCCCCGCCCCCGCCCCCGCCAGGGCGCACACACACAGGGCGCCCCCUCCCCAGGGCGCACGCGCACACGCACAGGGCACCCACUCCCCGAGGAGGCCGUGGCGGGCCCCGCGCCCGGCCCCGCCUCACUGUCUCCCUCUGGCCCCCGGCCCUGUAGCCCGGACGAGGACGAGGACGACCUUCUCCCCCCAGAGCAGAAGGCUGAGCGGGAGAAGGAGCGCCGGGUGGCCAAUAACGCGCGGGAGCGGCUGCGGGUCCGAGACAUCAAUGAGGCUUUUAAGGAGCUGGGGCGCAUGUGCCAGCUGCACCUCAACAGUGAGAAGCCCCAGACCAAACUGCUCAUCCUGCACCAGGCCGUGUCGGUCAUCCUGAACCUGGAGCAGCAGGUGCGAGAGCGUAACCUCAACCCCAAAGCCGCCUGCUUGAAGCGCCGGGAAGAGGAGAAGGUGUCAGGCGUGGUCGGAGACCCCCAGAUGGUGCUGUCGGCUGCCCACCCGAGCCUGGGCGAGGCCCACAACCCCACCGGGCACCUGUGAGAGGAGUGCAGCCCGGACGGGUGACCCGACCUUGGUCUAACCCGGGACGGUCACACCAGGCGCCCGGUCCCGAUCCCUGCCCUCAACCUGGGCCGGAUGGUUCGUGCCCUACACGCACUGUGGUCAGCACCGAGCCACACAGACUGGAGGCCCCAGUGGUCGCAGCUCCUGAGGCGACACUGCCCCACUGCCCUGCCACUGGCCUGGUGGACCCUGAAAUGGCAUCUCGGCCCCCAGGGGGGUCUUUCUUGGGGAGAUUGGGGGGGGGACAAAAACCAGAGAGAAAGUGAACAGGAAAUAUAUACACUUUGUUAGAAAAGAAAAAAAAAUGCCUUAAGUAUAAAAUGGGGAGAAGUUAACCGUGUUGCUCGCUGGAGGGAGGUGCUGCCAGAGCCGCCCGGCCAGGAGCCGCCAGCACGCCGCCGUGCCUACGCCCAGUACUUUUUUUAAGGAAAUAAAAGGAGCCUUAGUUAGAUCUUUUUUUAUGCAGGAGGAAACUAGCAAGAAGGAUGCCUUUGAUCUGUCUUUUUUUUUUUUUUUAAGUUUUUUUGCAUAUGUUUUGUAAGCAACAUUUUUUUGUAUAAAAAUCUUGUGUCUCUUGCUAUUUCUGCUGCUGUUUCUAGGACUGAACGUUGCAUUUCAUGAUCAAGCAGUUUAUUAAAAGUACUAAAAGGACCCAGUGUAAACCUGCGGUCCCCACCCCCGUGGGCACUGGAUGCAGAGAACGGAACCGUGGGCCUUGUCCCGCGUGUUCACUUCAGACGCGGGGCUUUGUUCUCUUCGUGUUGCUGCCUGUGAAGGGGUGGGUGGUCCUUUCCCGGGUUGGGGCUCCCUGCCCCAUCCCCUCCCCCUCAGGAAGCGGGACACCCUGGGCUCAGGCAGGGCAGGGAGGUGGGUGAAACUGCCUAGGGUCCUCCUCCCCCAAACCCCUCCCCACGUCCCUCCCUGGGGCACUCGGGCCUCUCCAAAGCGGGACUUACUAGGACCACCGUUGCUUGGUAGGCAGACGGCACUAUCAGUUGAGGGGGGCCCCACAGAUACCCUGUCCGUCCUUCCUUUCUUCCUCCCACCAGGAGCCUGUUCUGUAAACUCAGCGGAGGGGCUGGGGCCUGGGGCCAGCACAGAACCCCCAACUCCCCAGGUGACCGUCCCGCUGUGGACGGAGCAGGGAGAAGGUACAGGGCCCCCUGCCCAGAAGGGCCCUGGGAAUGGGCAUCUAUCAGCUGCAAACCAGGCCUCCCUGAGGGCCCCUCUUGUCCCUUGUGGUUGGGGGACACACUUGUCCCCGGAGGCCUGGGAAAGCCCAGGGUGUUGCUCACCCUACGUGUCACCUGGGUGCAGAGUCAAGCCUGCUGGAGUCUUGGCUUCCCUCUCCUUACCCCCUCCCCAGUAGAGGCCUUGUGGACCCCCAGGCUGGCUGUGUUGCACCCCACCCGCAUCUGGGUGAUCUCCCCCAAGACCCCCCACCCUCAUCCCCAAGCACGGGUCUGCCUGACCCCCCCAUGACUGGAACUGCCCAAGGCUGAGGGAACCCCGAGGCCAGCACAGGUGGGACAUCACAGCGUGGGGCCGAGGCCACCUCUUCACCCCUGGGUCUGUCCCCCAGGCUGGUCAGGCCACUCUUGGUGACCCUCCCGGUGUGUGGGCCUUGCCUCUUUUGGGGAACCUGCCUCAGUUCCCCUCUCUCUGGUCUUGCCCACAGGCCCAGAUGGGCAGGGGCCCAGGGGCCUUGCAGCGCCUGAGGCCUGCCGACUUUUGAACUGUGUGUUACAUACAUAAUUUAAGUUUUAUAUAUAUAUAAAGUGAGAUUAACCCAGCAUGGGAAAAGUAGCCUUGGGGGGAGGAAGAACCACAAUUACUGGGGAAAUCGUGCUCAGAGUGCCUCAGGAUAACUGACUUAAAAAUUUUUUUUAAGAAAAAUAAUUUUAUAAAAUGUCAACACAGCUGGCUGGAUUCUUUGGGAUUUUUCAAUAAUCCUCUUUAAAGUCAGCUCGGAGACCGGUCAUGUACAUAACAGCACUGUAGCAAUAAACGUGGCAUUUUACAACA